AUGAAAUUGUGCAAUCAGAUUGUAAAAUCUCAUACCAAAUGUUUCUGCUUUGUAUGGUUUAGCAGGAUAGCCUCAUGCUUAAGGAAGAAUCUUCCUUGUUCAGGGAAAUCAAAAAAUUGUGAGCUGUUCAUUAACUGUGGUGGUAGAAGAGUGACUAUUGACGGACAUGAGUACCAAGAUGAUUUAUCUGGCAUUAUUGAUCACUCUACCUAUCGUGACAAUGGAGCAUGGGCAUACAGCAAUACUGGAGAUUUUAUCGGAAAUGUUUCAUCAUCUUUUAUUGCAUGGAAUUCAUCAAUCCUUAAUAUGAGUAAUCCAGAAUUAUACACGACAGCUCGGCUUAGUCCUCUUUCACUAAAAUACUAUGGUCUAUGCCUACAGACAGGAAAUUACACAGUGGGUCUCCAUUUUGCCGAGAUUAUGCUCACUGAUGACCAAACUUUUGCUAGUGUGGGAAGACGUUUGUUUGAUGUGUCAAUCCAGGGUCAAAAAGUUCUGUGGGACUUCAACAUUGCAAAAGAAGCUAAUGGAACUGGCAAGGUGCUUAUCAGAAACUUCACUACUUGGGUUAAUGACACACUCGAGAUUCACUUUCAGUGGCGUGGCAAGGGAACAAACUCCAUCCCUUGGAGGAGUGUAUAUGGACCUCUUAUCUCAGCCAUUUCUAUCACUCCGAAUUUUGAGGCUAAUUGCAAGGAUAAAAAAAGCAAGCUAUCUGUUGGGGUUAUUGUGGGCAUUGUUAUAGCAUCUUGUUUUGUGCUUAUUCUUGCCUUCAACAUCAUUUGGUUUUGCUUCACCAAGAAAGAUCCUAGAGACAACGAAUUCAAAGGCCUCGAGUUGCAAACUGGCUACUUCACUCUGAAACAGAUUAAAACUGCUACUAGGAAUUUUGAUCUUGAAAAUAAGAUAGGUGAAGGUGGGUUUGGUCCCGUGUACAAGGGUGUACUGGCGGAUGGUUCCUUGAUAGCUGUCAAGCAACUUUCUUCUAAAUCUAGGCAAGGGAACCGUGAAUUUGUCAAUGAAAUAGGAAUGAUAUCAGCUUUACAACAUCCAAAUCUCGUGAAGCUCUAUGGCUGCUGUAUAGAAGGAAAUCAGUUGUUGCUUAUCUACGAAUACAUGGAGAAUAACUCUCUAGCUCGUGCUUUAUUUGCUCCACCGAAAUAUCGCCUCGAUAUAGAAUGGCAAACAAGACGUAAUAUUUGCAUAGGGAUAGCGAGAGGCUUGUCAUAUCUUCACGAGGAGUCGAGGCUAAAGAUUGUUCACCGAGACAUCAAGGCGACAAACAUUCUACUAGAUAAAGAUCUAAAUGUAAAAAUUUCUGACUUUGGUUUGGCCAGACUUGAUGAAGAAGAAAACACUCAUAUCAGCACAAGAAUAGCAGGGACAGUAGGUUACAUGGCUCCAGAGUAUGCAAUGAGAGGUUACUUGACAGACAAAGCAGAUGUAUAUAGUUUUGGGGUAGUAACACUAGAAAUUGUCAGCGGAAUGAGCAAUACUAAUUAUAGGCCUAAGGAGGAAUUUGUUUAUCUUCAUGAUUGGGCUUAUGUUUUGCAAGAGCAGGGAAAUUUGCUUGAAUUGGUUGACCAAAGCCUUGGCUCCAACUACUCGAAGGAGGAAGCACUGCAAAUGCUGGAGCUGUCUCUUGUUUGCACCAACCCCUCCCCGACGCUCAGGCCUGCAAUGUCAUCUGUGAUAAGCAUGCUUGAAGGCAAGAUGCCAGUUAAGGUCAUGCCCGCAAAUCGAGCAGCGGCUGCAGUUGAUAACGUGAGGUUCAAAGCUUUGGAGAAGGUCUCCCAAGACAGCCAAACACAGAGCUCCAUCGAUGGCCCAUCGAUUGGUUCCUCUAUCUCAGCAUCAGCAUCAAGUGGCAAGAACUCACAAGCAAAAACAAGUCACCCCCUGCUUCACUACACAGAUUAGGGCGAAGAAAUGAUGCUUGCAUUGGGAUAACGUUCAAACAGUCAUGGGAAUGCUCAUAAAGAAAUGUGUUAUUUUUUAUAAUGAAGAAUAAUUGCAAACAUUUAAGUAAAUUAUUCCCUAUAAAUUCGAACUAUAAAA